UUUGGUGAAAGGUGACAAAUUUUAUGUUAUGCACUUUUUGACCAUGUUUAAAAAAAAAAAACUGAAAGCAAACCCAGAGACAAAAGCUCGGUCUCUGAAGUGAAGUGAGCUCAAGACGAAGGUGAGAGUCUUCGCAGAUGAAACCAACACUCCCUUUAAUGAGCUGAUCGAUGUGUUUCAUGUAACUGUUAGGCAUAGUUGGAGAAUGACUCCUGAGUAUUGCUGUAGAGCAGCUCAGAAAGGCAUCCACACUGAAACGAGCCAUGCUGGGGCCGGGUACUGUUCUGAAGUCCUCGGGAAGGAUUCCUAAUUGAGACCCCUGUCUUCUGUUCCCUCUGAUUUAGAAGACAGCAGGCAGAGGGUGACCUAGAAAAAUAAGGCCACACUGUCCACAGGGCAUGUGUCCCCAGGCCCCCUGGAUGGCACUGGAUGGAUGGGAGCUUCUCAGGAGGCAAAGACGGUGGUAGAGGGCGGGUCACAGCCAAGCCCCCCGUGACACCCCAGGGUACUUUGCGUCACUGUGGAAGCCUCCGGGCUUUCUCAGGGAAGCAGAACUGCAGGAGCCAGUGGACCCCGAGGGUGGCGACCCUGCCUCUCUGGAACUCUUUUUCCACAAGAGUGACCAACUGCCCUUAGAGCCUUAACUUACCCUUGGGAGCCUGAGGCCCCUGUGACUACAGUGGUUUCAAAAGCUCUGUAAAACCUGAUGGAUGUCUGGAAUGCAAGCCCACAUGUGGCGCGGAGAAGCGGCUGUCCCUUCUUGGAAGUGGGCCGUCUUCUGGGAAGCCUAACUCCCACCAGAGCCUGGCCUCCUGUAAACCCAAGGACCUGCAGGCCUGCCGCCCUGACCGUGGGGCCUGGGACAUCGUGCUCACCCUAUUUUCCCUGAUCGACCAGGAGCAAAGGAGGAAGCCUGCUGGGCUGUGCAAACAGCAGCGGGCAGGAAGUUCAACAGCCUUAGAACGGGGACCUGCACUUCGAACCUGGAUUUCCCUGGGACUUGGCUUUGACGUCUCAAAGACUCAGAGUAUGCCUAAUAUGCCUAUCUUGGCGGUCACUUGACUUUGUGAGACAUUCGAUUGGGGUCUGGGGCCGCCAACCGUAAAGGGACGGGGUCCUCCUUUCAGAGCAAAACCCGCCCGUUCUCGCUGGUCCCCAGUCAGCCUGGGCCAACGAGCCGGAGAUCGAGGGCGCCACCAGCGCACCUGCCCCGCGCACCUGCCCGCCCUCCCCGCCGCCGGCCGGCCCCCGGGGCGUGUCGCCCAGGGGUCCGCCCAGUCCUUGCGAGGCUCCCUCGGUCACCCUGAGCUGCGGCCCAGGCUCCGGAGGGUCCGGAGCCGCAGCUGGAAGAUGCGCCCCGCGGCUGCCGGCACCCUAAAGGCAGUGUUCUUCAUCUUCGCCUCCCUGUGCGCCUGGUAUUCUGGGUACCUGCUGGCAGAGCUCAUUCCAGAUGUGCCCCUGUCCAGAGCUGCCUACAGCAUCCGGAGCAUCGGUGAGAGGCCUGUCCUCAAAGCCCCAGCCCCGAAAAGGCAAAAAUGUGACCACUGGACCCCGUGUCCCCCAAACACCUACGCCUACCGGUUGCUCAGUGGGGGUGGCAGGGACAAGUAUGCCAAGAUCUGCUUUGAGGAUGAGGUGCUCAUAGGAGAAAAGACUGGGAAUGUGGCAAGAGGAAUAAAUAUUGCCAUUGUCAACUAUGUGACUGGGAAAGUAUUAGCAACACAGUAUUUUGAUAUGUACGAAGGAGAUAACUCUGGACCGAUGACUAAUUUUAUUCAGAGCGCUCCCUCGAACUCCCUGCUCUUCAUGGUGACCCACGAUGACGGUAGCAGCAGACUGAAGGAGGACGCUAAGAAGGCCAUAGAAGCCCUGGGAAGUAAAGAGAUCAGGAACAUUCGGUUCAGGUCGAGCUGGGUAUUUCUUGGAGCAAAAGGCUUUGAACUUCCUGCAGGAAUUCAGAGAGAAAAGGUCAACCACUCAGAUAAUGCGAAGAACAGGUAUCCGGGCUGGCCCGCAGAGAUCCAGGUAGAAGGCUGCAUACCAAAAGGACCAAGCUAACAUGGCCCGGCCUCAAUAAAGGUGACUUUUGCAGACAAAUGCA